UACGAAAUACGGGAAAAUCGACGAUCGGGGACGACGUUAGAACGACAGCGUCGAGUCCGCGGCGAACGUGAGCUCGAGGAGUUUCGGCGGCAUCUCGAACGUGACCGGUCCGCCGCCGGCGUUCUUCGUCGCGAGGCUCUCGGGUGUGAUGCCACGAGCUUUGCACGACAUGCCAGACACGUAGAACGUCACGCCGGCGGCGACGCACGCCGGAUACGUCUCCGACAGCUUGCCGGUGCCGACGCCCUCGAGGCUGCCGAUCACGUCGUCGGUCAGGCACUGCACGCCGUCGGACGCGAGGAACAUGGACACGCUGUGGCCCGCGGCGGCGGCCUUGGACGCGACGAGGAAGGCGAGCGCACACUUCGAGGCGUCCGUGGUCGGGCCGGUCGUCAGGGCGACGAGCAGCUUCUUGGGCUCGGCGGGUGGAGCAGCCGUGGCACUGCUGCCCUCCGCGGUUGUGGUCACCUUGGCACCGUCGGCCGUCAAUUCCUUGGUGGACUCGGCCAUUGCUUGUGUCGUUUGCUCCUCUUUUCUUCUCUUUGGGCAACUGUCGUGCCCGUCGCUGCCUCGUCUUGCGUCGUGGCAAUUGGGCAGCCGAUGGCGCAGCGGAGCUCCAGCGCUUUAUGGCGCUGCAGUGCUUGCUAG